AUGGCGUCCCUUCAAGUUGUCAACGUUGAGCUUCCCUCCCUGCCUUCCGGCUGGAGUGCCGAGAAGGAUUUCAAGGCUGUCGGUGCCCUGUCUGGUGCUACCCAGCGCAACCUGGAGCCCGUUGGCCCUCACUUCCUUGCCCACGCCCGCCGUAAGCGUCACAACCGCACUUUCUCUGAGGAUGAUCGUCUCCAGGCUCAGCAGAACGUCAAGAAGACCGAGGAUGAGGAGGAUGAUGAAAUCUCCGAGGAUGAGGACCCUAUGAUGCUCAACCGUGAGGCCAAGGACUGGAAGUCCCAGGACCACUACGCCGUUCUCGGUCUGACUCGCUACCGCUGGCGGGCCACCCCCGAGCAGAUCAAGCGUGCUCACCGCAAGAAGGUUCUGCGUCACCACCCCGAUAAGAAGGCCGCCUCUGGCCAGCGCGACGAGAACGACAGCUUCUUCAAGUGCAUUCAGAUCGCCACCGAGCUUCUGCUCGACCCCGCUCGCCGUCGCCAGUUCGACUCCGUCGAUGAGGCCGCCGACAUCGAGCCCCCCACCAAGAAGCAGUGUUCCACCAAGGCUAAGUUCUACAAGCUCUGGGGCAACUGCUUCGAGGCCGAGGGCCGUUUCUCUCUUAAGCAGCCCGUUCCCUCAUUCGGUCACGAGGACAGCACCCAGGAGGAGGUUGAGAACUUCUACAACUUCUGGUACAACUUCGACAGCUGGCGUACAUUCGAGUACCUGGAUGAGGAUGUUCCCGAUGAUGGAGAGAGCCGUGACCAGAAGCGUCACACUGAGAAGAAGAACGCCAACGCCCGCCGUAAGCGCAAGAAUGAGGAUGUCGCCCGUCUGCGUGGUCUUGUUGACGAGGCCCUCGCCGAUGAUGAGCGUAUCAAGAAGUUCCGCCAGCAGGCCCGUGCCGGCAAGGAUGCCAAGAAGAAGGCCAAGGAGGACGAGAUCAUCCGUUUGAGAGAGGAGAAGGAGGCCAAGAAGGCUGCUGAGGAGAAGGCCAAGAAGGACGCCGAGGAGGCUGCCAAGGCCGAGCGUGAGAAGAACAAGAAGAACAAGGAGGCCGCUAAGAACGCUGCCAAGAAGAACAAGCGUGUUCUGAAGGGCUCCGUCAAGGAGGUCAACUACUUCGCCGACGGCGAGGCCUCCGCUGCCCAGGUUGACUCCGUUCUCACCGACGUUGAGCUCAUUAUGGGCAAGAUCGACGUUGACGAGCUCGCUGCCCUCGCUGAGAAGCUUACCAUUGCUGGCAAGGAUGGCAACGCCGUCAAGGCUGCCUACACCUCCGAGGCUCAGCGCCUGAUUGACGCUGGCAAGCUGAAGGCUGGUGAGGUCAAGGUUUUCGCUUAG